AUGGCCUGCGGGCGCCUGCCCCUAAACGCCCCUGUGCUCGGGGGCGCCUGCCAUUCAAUGAUUCCCCUGGCCAGCCGGUUCCUGGCCUUCUCCACGCUGCGCAUCAUCCCCAAUCCCGGCAGGAGCAGCCAGCAGGCCCAGCAGCUCAACGCACCCCUGCUCGCAGCAGCCUGUAAUCUCCUGCGACAUUCUCGGGCAUUGAGCCGUCGAGUACGCCCCUACUCGUGUGUGCAUCGUCGUGUGUCCGGUGAUAUCAGGUCCCGGACCUCAUCCACCGUCAAGACGGCUGUGCUCUCGUCCAACCCCCGGGACACCCUUGUCCUGCCGCCGCACUUGCUCGCCAUGCAAACGUCGGAUGCUUCGAAUGUCCCGAAGAAUUCUCGUCUAGUUCCUCCGGCCUCGAAGCUAUCCAACGUCAACGCUGAUCACACCGGCUUUUCCCACGGCGCUUUUGCCUCGAACAACCCCUCUGUCCAGAAUUUAGGAGAUCGUAACUCUCGACGGGCCAAUAUCCCUUCGAUCAACACCGGUCCCGCCACCCCGAACGGGAACGACGUGGCCGCAAGUGGGACGGCCGUUGAUAUGAAUUUCACCCCUUUACUCCCAUCGCAGCUGCUCCUCGGAAGUCCCUUCCAGCCAGGAACCCCUUCCGCCUUUGCGUCUCCCCAGUUCGCCAAUUUCGGCGGCUUCUCGCAGGCGAAUCCCUCCGCUCCCGCUCAGAGCGCUCAGAACCAGCUGGGUAGCCCGACCCAGGCGCAGCAGAACACCCUUUCUCCUCCGCUUUACUCCAACCUCAUGUCGGCCGAAGGUUUUGGCGGAUCCCAGCUUCUGGGAGGCCCCCAAUCUCCGAUCGGCGGUUUCCCGGGUUUGGGAAACGCUGCCUUUGGUGGUGCGAACCCAUCGGUCCCUGUUGGUCCAGGGAUCCUCUCGGGAACGAGCCGGACGGUGUACCUUGGAAACAUCCCCCCGGAGACGUCCGCGGAGGAGAUCCUGAACCAUGUUCGUAGCGGCCAGAUCGAGUCGGUCCGAUUGUUGCCGGACAAGAACUGUGCUUUCAUCUCUUUCUUGGAUAGUAGUUCUGCCACCCAUUUCCACUCAGACGCCAUCUUGAAGAAACUCGCCAUCAAGGGCAACGAUAUCAAAAUCGGUUGGGGAAAGCCCUCCCAGGUCCCGACUUCGGUGGCCGUGGCAGUGCAGCAGUCGGGUGCCUCCAGGAAUGUGUAUCUUGGAAACUUGCCGGAGGACAUCACGGAAGACGAGCUCCGGGAAGAUUUGGGCAAGUUUGGUCCCAUCGACACGGUCAAGAUCGUGAAGGAGAAGAACAUUGCUUUCGUGCAUUUCUUGUCGAUUAGCAACGCCAUCAAGGCCGUGUCCCAGCUGCCGCAGGAGCCGAAAUGGCAGCCUCCGCGCCGGGUGUUCUACGGCAAAGACCGUUGCGCAUACGUGUCCAAGACGCAGCAGCAAAAUGCUGCGCAGUACCUUGGCAUCGCUCCCGGUUAUGCACAUAUCUUGAACAGCGCGGACCGUGAUCUGAUCUCGAACGCUCUCGCCCAACAGUCGGUGGCUGCGGCCGCCGUCGCUACCAGCGCCGGAGGCGUGAACAACCUCGGUAACCGGACCAUCUAUCUCGGCAAUAUCCAUCCAGAAACCACCAUCGAAGAGAUUUGCAACGUGGUCCGCGGCGGUUUGUUGCAUCACAUCCGUUACAUUCCGGAUAAGCAUAUCUGUUUCGUCACCUUUGUCGACCCGACGUCCGCCGCUUCGUUCUAUGCGCUCAGCAACCUGCAGGGAUUGAUGAUCCAUAACCGGAGGCUGAAGAUCGGCUGGGGCAAGCACUCGGGCGCUUUACCACCCGCGAUUGCCCUCGCAGUCAGCGGUGGAGCGUCCCGGAACGUCUACAUUGGGAACCUGGACGAAAGCUGGACGGAGGAACGGCUCCGUCAGGACUUCUCCGAAUACGGCGAAAUUGAGCUGGUGAACACCUUAAGAGAGAAGAACUGUGCCUUUGUCAAUUUCACCAACAUCGCCAACGCCAUCAAGGCAAUUGAAGGCAUGCGCAAUCGCGAGGAAUACAAACGCUUCAAGAUCAACUUUGGUAAAGAUCGUUGCGGCAACCCUCCACGCCAGCUUCUCAAUGCGCAGCAGAAUCGUGGUUCGGGUCUGGAUGGGACACAGUCCCCGUCCCCCGCGCUUAACGGCUUCCAGCAGAACCUCAGCCAAGGAGGAUCCCAAGCCAGUCCGACUCGUCCGGCGCUGUCGCCAGCUCCUGGCUCGACGGGCUCGCAAGGCGGACAGACCCGGCACCCACUCCAGGCCGUCGCGUCUGCAUCGUCGAUCUUGAAUGUUGGAGCCAACAAUCCGUUGACGAUGUAUCUCAACCACAUGGCUGCUCAACAGCAGCAACAGCAGCAGCAGGCCCAACAGCAGGCCCAGCAGGAACAGGAAAACCGUCUGACGGAUCCGGUCACUCUGGCAGCGUUGCAGCAACAACAGCAACAAGCCCUUGCCAACCAGCAGGCUGCUUUGUAUGACGGUGCUGCCACCGGUGAACUUGCCAACGGCCGGGUGGUGGAUUCCUCCUUACAUCAGCACAAGCCUUCCGGCAACGGCUUUCUCAAUGUGACCAAUGCUCCCGCGAGCAGUACCCAGCACAGCGCGACUGGCAGCAACAGCCUCAGUGUUCCUCGCGUCCAGCAUUCCCGGGCUGUCAGCUUGCCUUCCUUUUCCCAGGAGCCGUUUGGACCGAACUCGAGCCAACCGUCUCAGGGUCGUCCGGGAGUGACCCAUCAGGCCCAAGGUAGCUUUUCCAGCUUCAGUUCCGCCCUAGGUGGUCUCAACCACAAUGGCUUUGGCCUCGCUAUUCAGAACGAAACUUCUCUUCCGGGCUGGGCUGAGGAGGAGAUCGGGGCGAAGUAA